AAUGUCUAAUGACUUAAUUUUAAACUUUUCUAAAAAAAAAGUUAAUUUUAAGCUAAGGGGCCGCUAAAAACCUUGGCCGAGGGCACUUGUUCUGAGCACCGUGUUUCACCGGACCACCGAGGCACCGCCUACACCUCCUUCCUGAUUCAAUGGCUGUCAACAGGGAGAAGAUUAGUUCUGUAUUUUAUGCAGAUACGUAUCAUCCAAUUCAAUCGGGGAGCAUCGAUGGAACUGAUGUUCUUCCUCAUGAUAAUGCUGUUUAUCGAGCCCACCUUUGUUCUCUAGCUUCCUUAUAUGACCCGUUCGGAGAUCCUAAGGUUAGUGGAGACCCUUAUUGCACAAUUUUUGUUGGUCAUCUCUCUCACCUCACUACUGAAGAAACUCUUCACAAGGCUAUGAGCAAAUUUGGCAAUGUGAAGAAUCUGAGAUUGGUUAGACAUAUUGUAACCGGAGCAUCGCGUGGUUAUGCCUUUGUGGAGUUUGAAACUGAGAGGGAAAUGCGACGAGCAUAUGAGGAUGCUCACCAUUCACUCAUUGAUGAUUCUGAAAUAAUCAUUGACUACAAUAGGCAGCAGUUGAUGCCAGGGUGGAUACCAAGAAGAUUAGGAGGGGGACUUGGUGGUAAGAAGGAAUCUGGGCAGCUCCGCUUUGGAGGGCGUGAAAGACCAUUUCGAGCUCCGCUACGACCUAUUCCUUUUGAUGAUCUAAAAAAGCUUGGUAUUCCACCUCCUCCAGAAGGAAGAUACAUGUCACGCUUUCAGAUUCCAUCACCGCCUCGUAGGAAGAGGUCUUCUGGGGAUAGAGAAGACAGGCAUUACAAAAGUGAGAGGUCUUCUGUUGAAAAAGAUAGGUAUCACAAAAGUGAAAGGCAAAGGAAGCAUUCUCAUCGACAUGCGAGGUCUGCUAGUCGAGAACAGUUAUCUGAUGAAAGAAAUUCAGUUGAGAGGGAAGAUAGAUCUCAUAAAUCUGACCGACACAGGAAAUAUUCUGGUCAACCUGAGAGAAGAAGUUCUAGGAGUCAUGAUCGGUCAUCUGAUGCAAGAAGCUCUGUCGAGAGAGAAUACCGCUCACAUAAGCGCCACAAACACAGCAAACAUUCUUCUGGACAUGAUUCACAUGACAUUCGAUAGGGUUGUGUAUAGGAAACCUGGCUAACUAAUAUGGGUCAUUCCCAUAAGCCGUUGUCACGUCAUCUGGACAGUGAGCAGAAAAUGUUGGAGUUGCUUGAAAUGUACGAGCGGAUAAAUCCCCCGCUCCGUUGUCUAGAUUGUGAGCAGAAAAGGUUGGUGUUGCUUGAAUGGUCGGUAAUGAUAAAGUAUCACCUGGAUUGUGAGCAGAAAAGGUUGGAGUUGCUUGAAAUGUAGCUGAUGAAGCCACCGUCCCAUCAUCUCGAUGGUGAGCAGAAAAGGUUGGAGUUGCUUGAAAUGCAGGUACUGAUACAGCCUCCAUCCCAUUUCCUGUUAUUUUUUGAGUUGCUUGAAAGGCAGGUGCUGAUAAAGCCCCCACCCCCAUAUCUAAAUUGUGAGUAGAAUAGGUUGGAGUUCCUUGAAAGGUGGGUGCUGAUGAGAAGUUUUUUGCUGAAAAUGACGUCUCAAAGCCAGCAGUGGUGCUGCCCGUGACUAUUGGCACUCCGCGCGAUUCAUUUGGAUCUUCUAAAAAUGGGUUGUAGUGUUGUGGCAGCUGUGCUGGUUGACUGUUGAAAUUAUCUAGUGAAAAUGGUGGCAACACUGUUGUCUGAAAGCAGGAGUUUUCUAGUGAAAAUGGUGUUGGUUGUGGUGGCUGUUUUGCAGUCUCAAAUAGCACUACUUCCCAGCUUUGUCUUGAACUUGCCUCUUUUCCAUUUUGUUCUUGCCCUGGAAAGGCAUGAAGGGUGUUUGAUACACUAUGAACAUGUUUGUCGUACAAAAGGUUUGGAUCUAAUGAGGGUUGCAUAGGUUGAGUUGCAGUCUCUGCUAAUACAAGUUCCCAGCCUUCACCCGCCUUAGUAUGUUGCUCUUCAUGUUCUUGUUCCGGGAAAGCAUUGAAUGUCGCCCUGAUGUCGGGCUCAGAUUGUGUUGCUGGUAGUUGUAUGGCUUCUGCAAGCACAAGCUCCCAGGAAGUAGGUGCGUUAGUCUGCUGUCGCUGCUCUUCUAUAUUUUUCUUUGUUACUGUUUCUUGUUCUUGUCCAGACCAAUCUUCUAAGCUUAUUAGAUCAGACAUUGUAUUAGUAAUCGGUAACGAAUGAGUUGAGUCUGAUUCACUCAUUUGGAAAGUGUCAUUUCUAUCACUCUGCUGUUUAAAAUUAUCAGGAUAAGCUUCCAAGUCUAUAGAUAUACCUUGACUUGUUCCGUCUUUUGUGGCAUCAAGUAGAUUCUCCAAUGACGUCUGUUUUGGACCCAACUUAGAAGCUCUGUGGGAACUUUUACGUCUAGGAGGUUUUGUAGAUUCAAGAUCCCUCUCAUAACUUUCUUGCGGUGUUUGAUUAGAAUUUGGCAGGCUAUUUGGAGAUCUUGAAACAGUUGGAAAUGAAGACUGAUCUUUCAAAAAUUCCCUCAAUGUUUCUAUUUUCUCCUCAGAUAGUGUUUCUACACUGGGAUAUUCAGAAUCUCUCCCUACACUGAUACGUUUACAUAGAGUAUAAAAUUGACGAAGCUCUGCAAAUUGGCCUGUGACCUUCAAACAAGUUUUGAAGGCCUGAACACAGUCUUCAUAUCGCAGAUGGAAAAAGCACUGAACAAGAUAAGUGAGACCUUCUAAAAUGUCCUUGUAUAGAUGAAAACUCUCCUGCACCACUGCGUAUAAAGAUAUUUGAACCAGUCGAUUCGUUGUGGCUGCCCCCGUUGGCCUUGUGGCGAUGGUUCGUUGGAGCAAACGCUGCCAAAACUCAAUUCUAUCAAGCAGCACAGAUGGUUUCAUGUUACCUAUCGAAUCAUUGGUACUUUUCUCGCCAUCUUCUUCUUCUCUACUUCUAUCAAUACUGGUAUAUCUGCGUUGAAGCUUCCCUGUGAGAAAACAAUCUAACCGCUCUUCGAGAUACGAAGCAAACGUUCUGACAAAUGCUGUGUAUUCCCAGGGGCUGGAAUUGGAAUCAUCAUGGAAAGCCGAGAGAUUGAGGAUUCUGGCGCCUUUUUUCAUGGAAUGGAGGACUUCUCUAGGAAAGUAUGGAUCACCAUCUUGAAAUAUUCUGAAAACCAGCAUCAACGAUUUUAAUGCCACAAUCCAGUUACGCGUCCGGCUGAUUCUUUUGCCAAUGGCUCUAGCGCAUGCUGCUGCGUAUAUCUGGUCUGCAGAAAUGAGGUGCAGGACCUCUUUUACGUAUCGUUCGUUGACAGGAACGUCGUCGUGGGUUGUGGCUUUCAGGACUGCAACCUCUAGGCUGGUGUAAUGAUUGUUGGAGACCUUGGCAAUGCUGAUGCUGGUUUGAUCUUUAACUGCUUCAAUUGCCUUCCUUAGCUUGGACGGCAUUGCUGGUUUAUAAUCUUGUUAUUGUCAUAUACGUCGAUGGUCUUCGAAUACUUUGUUGGCCGAGCUGAUGAAGAGCUUGAUUUUGUGCAAAUUGAUUAUGGGGGAAGAUAAUUCACUGGGUGUUUCCCCUUGAGUCUCUCUUGUCCUCAAAUUCACAAGUUAACACAUUAUUUUAUUUUAAUUUACUGAGUUCGAAUCGAUUCAUGCUGC